UCUUCUCUCUUCUUCUCAUCGUAACAGCACAGGUAGAAGAAGCAAACUACAUCGGCGGUGAGGAUGGAGGGGGGCCGGAGGAAGGAGGGCGAGACGACGACGCCGGCGCCGGCGAGAGGCGCGGCGUCGUUGGGCGCGUCCGUGCAGGAGUGGCUGCAGCACGUGAAGGCCAGCGCGGUGGGGGCGUGGCGGAAGGCGACAGCGAGGAGCGAGCAGGAGGCGGCGGAGGCGGACAUGCGCGCGGCCAAGGCGCAGGUGGAGGCCACCGACGAGGCCGAGGCCAAGAAGAAGCGCCUCGCCGGCUGAUCGGGGUGGAUUCACCACGUCGCACACUGCAGAAGUAGCAACCCACGUUUCAGUCCGUGGCUUUUUUUCCAUCUUCCAAUCUGCUGUUUGUAGUGCUGCUUCCACUUUGCAUGUAGUGAAAUGGAGGUGUUGUUUGCUUACCUCUGAUCUGGUAGACUAGUUUUAUCUCUGAAACUGCAUAAUGUAUGUAUUGAUGAUCCAGACCAGUCUCAACAGCCGCUAUUAUGUGUUUAUUUUA